AUGGUUCAAUUGGACAAGUACAAGGCUCGUCUUGUUGUUCAGGGGUUUUCGUCAAAGUUUGGUGUUGACUAUGUUGACACCUUUGCACCGGUAAUGAGAUUCAGCACUGUUCGUCUCAUUUUCGCCCUGAGUGCGGCGAAGUUCUUCUCCGCUAUGUCUAAUCACGGAAACACUACAGGAGUCAAUGAAGGACCCUCAUCCUUCGAGUCAGCCAGCACUGGAAGUUCUGUUGCCCACUCAACAUCUGAGACCCAUUCAAAGAACAACGCCAGCUCUUAUGAGACAUUCGCCCGAUCUCCUGUUCAUCGUCAAAUUGAUCUCGCUGACCGUUCUGAUUUACCGUUAGACAAUUAA